GUUGUGGUUUCGCAACUGAACGCGAUUGAGUUGUUGGAACACAACAAUGAUUGUGGAUUAAGUCUGGUAAUCCGUAGUUUUGUUUUGGCUGAUCUGGUUAUUACAGCACGUAUUUACCACGCAUUUCAAAGAGAAUAAAUAUGUCUGACAGCCUGUUGUCAUAUGAAACACUAGUGCAUGCUGUGGCAGGAGCCAUGGGCAGUGUUACAGCAAUGACAGUGUUUUUUCCUCUGGACACAGCCAGAAUCAGACUGCAGGUGGAUGAAAGCAGGAAGUCCAAGUCCACCCCCAUCAUUCUGGCUGAGAUUGCAAAGGAGGAGGGCAUAUUGUCUCUUUAUCGUGGCUGGUUUCCUGUCAUAUCUAGUCUGUGCUGCUCUAACUUUGUCUACUUCUACACAUUCAACACACUGAAGAGGGUGAUGGUCUCAGACAAGUCUAGACCUGGCAAAGAUUUGCUCAUGGGCUUCAUAUCAGGAACCGUUAACGUGCUCCUGACGACUCCCAUGUGGGUGGUGAACACACGGCUGAAGCUUCAAGGGGCAAAGUUCAGGAACGAGGAGCUCCAUCAGACCCACUAUAAGGGCAUAUUUGACGCCUUCUCCCAGAUAAUAGCCAGUGAGGGUGUGGGAACUCUGUGGAACGGGAUGCUGCCAUCGCUUGUGCUGGUGUUUAAUCCUGCUGUGCAGUUCAUGUUUUAUGAGGCUAUGAAACGAAAAGCAGGAAGUGGAGGCAGGAAGAUAUCAUCACUUAAAAUCUUUCUUAUCGGUGCCAUCGCUAAAGCUAUCGCGACAUCAGCAACGUAUCCACUGCAGACCGUUCAGGCAAUUCUCAGGUUUGGGCAGUUUAAAUCCGAUGGUAAAGGAGGUCUACUGGGCAGCCUCAGGAAUGUGGUUUCUUUACUAAUGGACCGAAUCAAGAGACAUGGAUUGUUGGGCUUGUAUAAAGGUCUAGAGGCGAAGCUGCUCCAGACAGUGUUGACGUCAGCGCUCAUGUUCGUGGUGUAUGAGAAGAUAACUGCAGCCACAAUUAAACUCAUGGGUCUUCAGAGGAAACUCAAGCACUGAGAUACUGUUGCCUUCACCACUGAGUCAUAUGAAUUAAUAAGACUGAUUAAUUAAUUACUACCUCUCUAACACACACACUUAAGGGGAGCUCAGCGUAUCUCUUCACUUAUUGUGCCAGUGACACUGGGUAAUCUGGGUGUGGUCUGUCGCACCAUAACAUAGGUCAGUUUAGAAGUUUUAAUUUUGCCUAAAAUCGGAAGGUUUUUGCAUUUUACUUUUUUUUUUUUUAAUUACACACUCAAAUUUCCUUUAUAAACCUCUGCCUGGAUUGUAGAGAAUCUUGCUUGCUGGUAUAGAACUUGGUCCCUUUCACAUGUCUCGCUUCCACAUGAACGGCAUUGCCGAACGCGUCACACAGUGGCGAACUGACAAUUCGAUUGCAUAGAAAAUGUUUAAUGUGCUUAAUAUGAUAAGCACUUGAUGUUGUCUUACAACAUGUAUGUAGAUACCAGUGCUGGGUGUAAUCUGUAAGUAAUUAGUCGAAUUAUUUUUGAGUAAAAUAUGUCUAAUGGCCGAAACAUACUCAAGUACAUGAACGCAGACGCAUUUUGCUACACAAGCUCUAUUUCAGGAGUUGUUGCCUACUGAAAUGUGUCAUCAUACCGCAAUUCAUAACUUAGCUCAAGUACGCGUUGCAUUCUCAACAUUGCCACAAGGGGCGCUUCGUUAGGUUAUGUAAUAAUUUCUCACCUUGGAUAAUUUCAUUAGCUCUUUAUUUUUAUGGCUAUUUUCCUCAAAUUUGACAGCAUAAAAGCAUUUUGCUGCCGAAGUGAAAUGUGUCCAGUUUUUCUCUACAAUUUGAGAUUCACAUAAGCCUGGUGUCCUGAUCUCCAGAAGACGGUAAUGCAAGGGGGUUUUAAUGUGAUUCUGAAGUGAGAAGCUUCUCACUGCGGGAAUGCGAAAUGGGAACGAUAGGCUACUUUUGCCAGUUUGUGGGAUAUGACCUGUUGUAGUCACGGAAUAGGACUUCGCAAGCUAUCAGGAAUGUUUAAACCUCUGUGGGAGCGAAGUGCUGUCAUCAUUGGGAUGGCUGUACACUUGUGGUGUCAACUUAAGGGGUUUCAGACAAAUUCAUAUUUUUUAUAUUGUGUUGUCAGACAUUAGGGUAUUUUAACUGUCAAAAAUCUGUAAUUACUGGCUAACCUUUCAUUCACGUACUUGUGUAAAGUAUGUUUCAGCCUUAACACACUACAUUUUAAAUUCUAGUAAUCAGAUGGAUUACUAUUAAGUACAUUACUUGGUUUAUACAUAUUUCUAAAAUAACAUGUAUAAAACGUUUAAAAUAUGAAUACAUAUGUACAGUUUAAGUAAUUUUACAUACACCUUAGCAAAUACAUUUCAACUCAGUUUUUCACAAUUCCUGACAUUUAAUCAUAGAAAACAUUCUCUGUCUUAGGUCAGUUAGGAUCAUUACUUUAUUUUAAGAAUGUGAAAUGUCAGAAUAAUAGUAGAGAGAAUGAUUUAUUUCAGCUUUUAUUUCUUUCAUCACAUUCCCAGAGGGUCAGAAGUUUACAUUAAAUUGUUUAACUAAAAUGUUUCGGGAAGCCUUUCACAAGCUUUUCACAAUAAGUUGCUGGAAUUUUGGCCCAUUCCUCCAGACAGAACUGGUGUAACUGAGUCAGGUUUGUAGGACUCUUUGCUCGCACACACUUUUUCAGUUCUGCACACAAAUUUUCUAUCGGAUUGAGGUCAGCGCUUUGUGAUGGCCACUCCAAUAACUUGACUUUGUUGUCCUUAAGCCAUUUUGCCACAACUUUGGAGGUAUGCUUGGAGUCAUUGUUCAUUUGGAAGACCCUUUUGCAUCAGAGCUUUAACUUCCUGGCUGAUGUCUUGAGAUGUUGCUUCAAUAUAUCCACAUCAUUUUCCUUCCUCAUGAUGCCAUCUAUUUUGUGAAGUGCACCAGUCCCCCCUGCAGCAAAGCACCCCCACAACAUGAUGCUUCACAGUUGGGAUGGUGAUCUUCGGCUUGUAAGCAUCACUCUUUUCCCUCCAAACAUAACGACCAAACAGUAACAUUUUUGUUUCAUCAGACCUGAGCACAUUUCUCCAAGAUCUUUGUCUCCAUGGGCACUUGCAAACUUUCGUCUGGCUUUUUUAUGGUGGUUUUGGAACAGUGCCUUCUUCCUUGAUGAGCAGCCUUUCAGGUUAUGUCAAUAUAGGACUCAUUUUACUGUGGAUAUAGAUACUUGUCUACCUGUUUCCUCCAGCAUCUUCACAAGGUCCUUUGCUGUUGUUCUGGGAUUGAUUUGCACUUUUUGCACCAAAAUACGUUCAACUCUGGAAGACAGAAUGUGUCUCUUCUUCAGCGGUAUGAUGGCUGCGUGGACCCAUGGUGUUUAUACUUGCCAAAAGGCAAAAUCUGUAAACAAAAGCAGCAAGACUUAAAUUAUAAUAACAUAUUAAUGAAACUUGAGCAAUUUAAUGGUAUAUGUUUCAAAGUGAAUCUGGGAAGUGUAAUAAAGUCUUUUAUGUUUAGUGCUACAGAAGAUUUAUCUAAUCAAACGUUCAAAGGUCUAGUGAUUAGAUGAUGCAGUCAUUACAAUUAAUUUGGCAAACAUUGUACUGUUUUUGAAUUCAUACAGUGGAGCCUUAUCAUAGAUAAGUGAUGUGCUGCUAUGUCACAUGACAGACUAGAGAUUAAUCUGGGGAAUCAAAUAUGUUUAUUCUUUAUCAAUAGUGUGGAAUGAGGUAAUUUUAUGAAUCUAUUUUCAAACCCAUGAUCGGAUCAAAUCAAUCACAUUAAUAUUGUCUUCCAAUCUUUAAAAUGAAUGUUAGAGAGAGAGAGAGAGAGAGAGAGAGAGAGAGAGUCUUGAAUAUUCUCUGCUGUGAUGACUACUAUAUGUUGGGGUAUUUAUUAAAGUAACAUACAGAGGAUGGGUAAUAGAGAAUGCCCUGACAUGAAGUGUACUAAAGAAUUCAUUUCACAGUAUCAAUUAAUGAACAAAAUGAUUUAACACCGCAUUUGUUUGCAUACAUUGAGUCUUCGUUGAAUUGUGUUUAUAUCACUCUUAAAAGAUAUAUAAUAUAAUUCAACACACAUGAGAGGCAUUUUAAUAAUGCAGGGCACAAUAUUUAUAGAUGCAACUUAAAUUACUGAAACUGAAAUGCAAGUAUAAAUGACUUGCUUUAAAGUUGCAGUUACUGAGAGAAACUCUCUAGUUUACUGAAGUCUUACCUGCUCUGGUUUGUGACCAUACAGAAUAAAAUAUUAAAAUUGUAAACGGUUAAAAUUGCAAACUUUGUUACUACUUUUUUUUUUUUUUUUUGAACUUUCGUUUGUCUGACUUUUUGGCUUGGUUAAAUGAAUUGCAAAAAUGAUGUCAAAGCUAAUAAAAGGUAGUUUGGGAAAAUAUCCUGUUGAGUCAUUUCUCUGAUCUUUUAUACCACAGAAUAUGAAGUUGGGACAUUAAAGUCAGGUAUUCGACUUCACAUAUCUCUUACGAUAUUUCAUGAUUCAAGGUACAUCUGUAGUGACUUAAACAUUUAAAUUUUAACACUUUGAUAGCAAAUUCUAAACAACAAA